CAGUGGAGCUGCCAUAUUUUUUAGACAGAGACCUGCCUGCCUGGGGGGUCAAACGCAGGGGGUUUCUUUAGUUUGGAGUGGUUUUUUGGAGGUGUGAUACAAGAUGUUUAGUAAUAAUUAAAUGGUGCCCGUAAUAAAUAAUUAAGAAAUUUUGUUGGAGCUGCCGUGUGCAGUGGAUUCAUUUUUCCGUAAUGACGUGGUGGAAUAAAGAUAUUGAAACUGUCUUCAAUGAUGAUAGAAGCAUCUUUAAAAGAUCGUGGUAAAAAGACAAUUUACUAACAAAAAAACAAUCAUGUCGGAACCACCUCAUCAUUACAGUCAUCCUCCACCAGAUAUAAUGCCUAAAGGACUUGCUAUAAACGGUGUAGGAGGAAGACUUCGUCAAUUAGAAGCUCUAUUUAGUGGUGGUCCAAUUCAAGGUGGAAGAUCAGGUCACACGUUUUCCAUUGAAACACUCAUUGAUAUAUUGUUAGUUUUAUACGAUGAGUGUUGUAAUUCUUCUUUACGUCGAGAAAAGACUGUUUCUGAUUUCAUUGAGUUUGUGAAACCUGUAGCUACUUGUAUAAAGAGUUUGCAGUUAGCACGUGAGGAUUUUGAGAUUAUAAAAGUUAUUGGAAGAGGUGCGUUCGGUGAAGUAUGUGUUGUUCGAAUGCGAGGUUCAGAUAAGGUUUUUGCGAUGAAAAUCUUGAAUAAAUGGGAAAUGCUGAAACGAGCGGAGACUGCAUGUUUCAGAGAAGAGCGUGAUGUUUUAGUUUAUGGUGAUCGAAGAUGGAUAACAAACCUUCAUUAUGCCUUUCAAGAUGACAAUAAUUUGUAUUUGGUCAUGGAUUAUUAUUGUGGAGGAGAUUUAUUAACUUUACUAAGCAAGUUUGAGGAUAGACUUCCAGAGGAUAUGGCUCGUUUUUACAUAGCGGAAAUGGUGCUAGCCAUAGGAUCAAUUCACGAUUUGCGAUAUGUUCAUCGAGACAUUAAACCUGACAAUGUUUUAUUAGAUGCUAAUGGACAUAUUCGAUUAGCUGACUUUGGUUCUUGCCUACGAUUAUUUGAAGAUGGAACUGUUCAAAGUAACGUUGCAGUUGGUACGCCGGAUUAUAUCUCUCCGGAAAUUUUAAGGGCAAUGGAAGACGGACAAGGGAGAUACGGUCCUGAAUGUGAUUGGUGGUCUUUGGGCGUCUGUAUGUAUGAAAUGCUUUAUGGCGAAACACCUUUUUACGCUGAAUCUCUAGUCGAAACUUAUGGAAAAAUUAUGAAUCAUAAGAAUUGUUUUGAUUUCCCAACGGAAGACAUAUAUGACGUUUCUGAAGAUGCAAAAGAUUUAAUGCGAAAGUUAAUUUGCAGUUCGGAAUUUAGACUAGGUCAAAAUGGAAUUGAAGAUUUUAAGAAACAUCCAUGGUUUGAAGGAGUAAGUUGGGAUAUUGUAAGAGAUAGUACGGCACCUUACAUUCCUGAAGUUUCAUCACCUACCGACACUUCAAAUUUUGAUGUUGAUGAUACAGACGUUCGUAGUUCUGAUGCUGUUCCACCUUCGGCGAAUUCGGCCUUUUCUGCUUUACAUUUACCAUUCGUUGGUUUUAGUUUCACUCAAGGAAGUUGUAUAUCGGAUUUAGGAUCUAUGCUGGGUAUUUCACAAAAGGAUAAAAAUCUUAAAAUGUUACAAGAAGAGAAUGCGCAAUUAUCACAAACAGUUGCUGAUUUAAAAAAUCAGGUCACUCAUCAGUCGCCAACAAUAUCGCCAGAUUCAAAUAACGCUACACGAAAACUUCAGGAUGAAAUAAACACUCUUACGAAACGAAAUUGUGAACUCGAAUCUCAAUUAAAAUCUCUUGAAGUACCACGUGAAUUACGUAAUAUAGACAAUGGGGAAUUAAUGAAACUUCGUGAACUUGAAAAAUUGGUACGAACACUUCGAAUGGAAAAAGAUGAAGCUGUCAAAGAUAAACAGGAUGUUCAGGAGAAAUUCAAACUUCAAGACAAGGAACUUAAAGAUGCUUUAACACAACGUAAAUUAGCAAUGGCAGAAUAUACAGAAGUAACUGAUAAAUUAUCAGAAUUAAGACAGCAAAAGCAAAAAUUAUCAAGACAAGUUCGUGAUAAAGAAGAAGAAUUAGAAGUGGUUAUGCAAAAAGUUGAUAGUUUACGACACGAUAUUCGAAAAGCAGAAAAAUUACGAAGAGAACUUGAAAAUAGAGUUGAAGAAGCAAUGGCUGAAACCAGUAAGGAAAGAAAACUACGUGAGCGUAGUGAAGAAUAUUGUAAACAAAUGCAAGAGGAAACUGAAAAAAUACGACAACGUUCAGCUGGAAAUGAUACAAGUACGAAUAAUGCACUUGCAACACAAGAGAUUAAUAGGCUUAAGGCGGAAGUUGAAAAGCUUGAAGUUCAAUAUAAUGAGAAUUCAUCUCAACAACAAAGUAGAUUUAAUUUAGAAAUUCGAAGUCUUCAAGAGCAAUUACAUGAGGGUGAAGUAAAGAGAGAAUUUUUAGAACGUGAAAUUCAAUUAACAAAGGAUAAAUUAGAUGCAGCGAGACUUGAAAAUAUAACAGACAGUGAAGAAACAAUUAAUGAAUUAACAAGGCGACAUGAGAGGGAAAAAAUGAUGUUGGCUGAGGAAAAUAAGAAACUUUUACUUGAAUUAAAUUCUGUUACAGAUACAGUAAAUAGAAUACAAUCCGAAAGGAGACAAAUUGAAGAAGAAUAUGAAGAAUUGAGAAAUAAAAAAGAGGCAAUCGCUCAAUGGGAGGCACAAAUAACGGAAAUUAUCCAAUGGGUUUCUGAUGAAAAAGAUGCUAGAGGUUAUCUGCAGGCUUUGGCUACAAAAAUGACAGAAGAAUUGGAAUUCCUUAAACAUUCAGGAGGAGUUGGUGGCGUAGGAAGUGUUUCAACAAUAACGGAUAAAAAUUGGAGAAAUCGAAGAUCACAAAAAUUGGAUAAAAUGGAACUUUUGAAUCUACAAAGUUCUUUACAGAGUGAAAUUCAAGCGAAACAAGCAAUUUCAGAAGAACUUACAAAAACACGAUCUGAUUUAAUAGCUGCACAGAAAGAGUUACGAGAUUUUAAACAACGGCUUGAUUGUGUUUCACAUGAGAUGAAGCGUAAAGAAUUGCAAAUAAAAGAACUACAGACGCGACUUGAGACUGGUGAUAGCUUUUUGGAGCGGCCUACCUCUCAAAUGUCAUACUUGGAACAUUUCUUGAAGGAAACCGCUAGUAGUACUCGUCAUGGAAGUGUGGAUAGUGUAGAAGGUGACAUUGAAGACAAUCGUGCCCCAAGUAUCACAAGCAGUAAAAGCAAUCUCUCUGAACUUAGUAUUGAUCCAACUUCUCCUUUAUCACAUGAAUUACUUAACAAAUCUUCGUCAGUUCAUAAUCAACCAAACAUUCAACCAAAGCCAAAAUCUCAUCAGUUCCUGGUACGAACAUUUUCAGCUCCAACAAAAUGUAAUCAUUGUACUUCAUUAAUGGUUGGUUUAACGAGACAAGGAGUUGUUUGUGAAGUUUGUGGCUUUGCGUGUCAUAUGCCCUGUUGCGAUAAAGUACCACCAAUGUGUCCCGUUCCUCACGAUCAGACUAAACGACCAUUAGGAAUUGAUCCAACAAGAGGCAUUGGCACUGCCUAUGAAGGUUACGUAAAAGUUCCAAAAAUGGGCGGUGUUAAAAAAGGUUGGGUACGACAAUUUGUUGUUGUUUGUGACUUUAAAUUAUUCCUAUAUGACAUCUCACCGGAUAGAAAUGCAAUUCCUUCGGUUUAUGUAUCACAAGUAUUGGAUAUGCGCGAUGAAGAAUUCAGUGUGAGCUCUGUACGAGAUUCUGAUGUUAUACAUGCGACAAAAAAAGACAUUCCAUGUAUAUUUAGGAUAACAACAUCCUUAUUGGAACCACCUGGAUUGCGGAACCAUACGUUAAUGCUUGCUGAUACAGAAAGUGAAAAAACUAAAUGGGUAGUGGCCUUAAGCGAACUUCAUCGAAUUCUCAAAAGAAAUAAUCUUCCUAAUACAACAAUUUUUAGAGCUAAAGAAUUAUUGGACAACACAUUGGCGCUUAUUAAAAAUGUGAUGUCUGGAGCAAUUAUAGACCCGGAUCGUCUAGUCAUUGGCACGGAAGAAGGCUUAUUUUGUUUAGAUUUAGAUCGUAGUGAAAUAGCAAGAGUUGGAGAAGGGAAAAAAGUUUAUCUUCUCGAAUAUGUAACAGAAGAACAAUUAAUUGUUGUACUUAGUGGAAAACAACGACACGUUCGUUUAGUUCCUGUUCGCGCUUUAGAUGGAGAUGAGGUGGAAUGGAUAAAAGUUGCUGAAACUAAAGGAUGCAUAACAUUAACAACUGGCGUUGUACGUCGAAAGCCUUUAACUUAUUGUCUUUGUGUUGCAAUUAAAAAACAAAAUGCAUCGCAAGUUAUUAUUUAUGAAAUAACACGUACGAAAACAAGACAUAAACGUGUUCGUGAAUUAAUGUUGCCUUGUCACGCACAAACGUUACAAGUACUCUCCGAAGGAAGAUUAUGCGUUGGAUACCCAUCUGGUUUUUCAAUAUAUAGUAUAUUGGGUGACCAUCAACCUAUAUCAUUGGUCCAUCCUGAAAAUACUCUUUUGGGUUUUUUAACUUAUAGCGCUGUCGAUGCAUUGCGUUGCAUUGAACUGCCAAAAGGGGAAUUUUUAUUAGUUUUUCACACGCUUGCAGUUUAUGUUGAUAGUCAAGGGAGAAAAAGUCGAGAUAGGGAAAUUAUGUAUCCCGCUGUUCCUACAGCAGUCAGUUUUUGCGAAGGUUAUUUACUCGUUUAUAGUGAAACUCACAUCGAUGUGUUCGAUUGUACAACUGGUGAUUGGUUACAAACAUUAAAUGUUAAAAAAGCCCGACCUUUAAAUACUUCCGGUUCUCUCACCACGUGUGCCAUUAACGAUAUGUCGCACGUUAUUUAUUUGAGUAAUUUACAUCAACGUGAAUUAUUGAACUUAGCUCCAAUGGAAACGAGUGGUAAACAAAUGACACGACCCAGGAGAAGAUUCUCAUUAAGAGAAGGAAAUAGAGCAGCUCGACCUACAGAUCGUCGUUCAAAAAUGAUAUCGGCACCUACUAAUUUUAAUCACAUCAGUCAUAUGGGACCUGGAAAUGGCAUAAAGGUGAGAAAACUAUUUUUUUUUUUUUUGUUUUACACAGUAUGUGAUUUAAUUUUUUCACUUCAGCACUUACUUGAUUUACCAACAACACUGGAAACUGCUGAUCAACCGCCUCCACCUUAUAAUGCAGCUGUAACGGGACAUCAUAGUGCUUUUCACGGCAGUCAACAAAGAACAUACAGUUCUGGAUUGCAAGCUCCUAAUAAACCAGCACCCUUGCCUCCGAGACAUCCACCUUCAGACUCCAGGCGCCUUAGCUCUCAUAUGUCAAAGCACUCAGGAUAUUCGCCACAUAAUGGUUCAACUUCUGCGAGAAGAGGUCCAGCGCCUCCAAGACCAACAGCUACACCACCAUCGUUACCACGUACACCUGAUCAGGUUGAUUCUGAUUCAUUGCAUAUGCGAUCACAUACACCCCUUUCACUUGGCAGCAUUUCGUCCUUACACGAUAAAGAACCAGUAUCUGGUGGAAGUCCUCGACAUUCGAUAGCUUCAAAUAAUAGUUCAAAUCCAUCAACGCCUCCGAGUCCAGCGCAUGAUCAUGGAUCAUCGUCCUAUGAUUCAUGAACAAUUACAAAUUAUUAAAGGCCUAAACAUAGAGUUACGAGUUUCUCGCCAUGAAAUUCUAAGCUUUAGUCACACAGUUUGAGUAUCCUUUUUUUCAUAUUGAUUUAUUUCUGUUAUUGUUUUUUUUUCUAUAUUUUUUCUAUAGAGCAAAUAUUAUUUUACGCGUGAUCGUUUGUUUACAAACUUUUUUUUUCUCUCUUUUUUUUACUAUCACAAUUGUGACAAAGCUUUAACGCUUAAAAGCGUUUAAAUUAGAUUAUUUAUAAAAUAAUCGUAUUUAACCCACUGCCAAGCAAAAAAAAUUUGCUGCCAAUUAUUAUUUUUUACAAAUCAAAUUUGUAGACUGAUUGUUUUAAUUUUAAAGCAAUGCAAAUUUUAUCUUUUUUUUUUUGGGGGGAUAAAAUUUUUUUUUUAAAAAACCAAAAUUUGAUUUCUUUUUUCCCACAAAAAAUAUAGAUUUUGUGUGGCCAGAAUAUGCAAUGGCAUCGGGUUAAGUAACUAAUUUUUACACAUUUUUCGUUGAUUUUUUUUUUUAACCUUAAAUUAUCUCAUUCCAUUGAUAUUUUAUCGUGCAUAUUUUGUUGUGUUUUUUUUUUUUUAUUAACAGAAAAAAAUAAUCCAGCAUAAGAUUCUGAAAGUAUCCCAGUUUUUUUUUAUAAUUGUUUUGAAAAUAUAUUUUGCAAAAAAAUUGCAAUAAUAUAUAUUUUACGAAAAGACAUUUCAGAAACAAAUUUCAGACUUAAGUUUUACGCUUAAGUGAUUAAUUUAAUUUUUUGAUUAUAAUUUAGCAAAAAAUGAAAUGUACAUAAUUUAUGUAUUUAAAUCAUUAACAGAACUAAGCAAUAGGUGCCGUAGCUUACUAGCAAAGUCAUUAUUGUCAAGCAUCGGCUGGAGUUGUUUUAUUUUUUCGUUUAUAUAUACUAUAUAUAUAUAUAUUUUUAUUUUCUAUUAUUUUCAUUGAAUUCAUAUUUACAUUCAAUUGCUUUUUUACUGAGGUAUAAACGCUUUGAAAAAAAAAAAUAAAUAUAUUUACACAUGUUAAAAAUUUUUUAAAAAAUUUAAUUUAUCUACCAAAAGGUAGAGAUUUUUCGAAUUUUCUUUUUAAGUUCGAAUUAAAUUUCAGAUGCGAGUUUAUUUAUCAUUGUGAAUAUUAAGUCAAGAAUAUUAAGUGCAAUUUGUCAGAACCUUAUGCUGCAAAUAUUUAGAUUUAUAGAUCGAUUUAGAAAUAUCGUAAUUGUUCUAAAUACUUAAUAAUAUACGAAAUGUAUUACUAUAUAAUUUUCUUUUAGAUGUGAAGGAAGAGUGCAUGAUGUAGAAGUCAAUUCAUAUCGAUUAUUUACAAAAAAAAAAAACAACAAUAA